AUGCCGCCUGCUCAGGUAUUCCCUACAUGGCGGUGCAAACAAGAGGAGCGAUGCGCCGAUGCUCCUCUGGCUCAGCUUUCGAUGCGCCAAGUAUGGAGAGUUAUGUGGAUUGAGGGGGCGAAACUGAGCAUCAUCAACGGCCAGGCUAAGAGGGACAUCUACGCCUUGUUCGUGGUCGCUGGCUGCGAGACCACGGCAACCGUCACGUACUUGCUGCUUCGGAACUCAGACAACCUGGCUCGCCUUGUCAACGAGAUCCGCGAAGUCGAGAUCCGCGAAGUCGAGAUCCGCGAAGUGAGGUCGGAAGAUGACUUAGACACCCAGCGACUUUCUGCGUUGCCGAACAAGACGGCUGUUCUCAAUGAGGCACGGCGUUGGUUACCCGUGGUCCCGGUCAUCAAUCCAACAUCAAUUUCGCCGUUGCACACGGAGCAAACCCCAACGAACCCGCCCCAUGAUCACCUCAUUCUCGAAUCUCUGUUACGAAACCUCGAGCCCAGCGACAUUCCCAUGGCCAUCCAAGACACUUCGACGAAAUCACCGCUGACGAUCAAAGUCGGCGAUCGGACCGGAUGGUUGGAAGCACUGAAGGCCCAGCGGCCCGUCCUUGUCCACCUCAACGCCGACACCACAUGGCUCAUCCAACUACCAUAUCCGCCCUCAACUUCUCCGCCACCAGGCCGGAAGCGCUUCAACAUCCUCAUAGACCCGUGGCUGCAGGGCCCCCAAUCCGACGUCGCGUCAUGGUUCUCCACGCAGUGGCAUGUGGUCGAACCCAGCGUGAAAACUAUGGACCAGCUCAACUCGAUUCUUGCCGGUUUUGAAGAUGGUUCGGACCAGCCAAAGACCACAGAUAAGUCCUACAUUGACGUCGUCACCAUAUCCCACGAGUUCACCGAUCAUUGCCACCAGGCAACUCUAGAAGAACUCCCCAAGUCCACGCCAGUGUUUGCCACGGACAAAGCAGCUGAGCUGAUCCGGUCAUGGAGUCAUUUUUCCUCCGUCACCACCACUCCUGGGUUCUCGUCGGCAACCAAAGAUUGGAAGUCUGAACUCAGCAUUUCCAACCUCCCGCCAUGGGUGGGCAUUGGACGCGUCAUCACAGCAGGAAACGCCUUGUACUAUCACUCAGCAAUCAUAAUCGCCUUUGACUUGGGCAAUCCAGAGACCAUACUAUACUCUCCUCACGGUAUAAAAGCAUCAGACUUGGAGUGCAUUCGCAACUCUGGAUUCUCGACGCUGGCUCUACUGCAUGGCCUUCACGACGUCCGUAUUUGGAUGACGAAGCAGCUAAACUUGGGAGCCCUGAAUGGCAUUCAGGCUGUGGCCGAGACGGAAGCUCGGUACUGGGUUGCGACACACGACGAGGCAAAGAAGGGCGGUGGGCUCAUCGCCCCUUUGCUUUUACGCACACAGUACACGCUCAAACAGGCUGUCGAGGCCGAGGAGGCGAGGAUGAAGGGAAGAGUGCCAGAGUAUGACUUUGUUGAGCUUGGUUCGGGGGACGGAUUGGUUCUGCAAUAG